UUCCAAUUUUGUUACUCUUGUUCAGGUGUACUAACAGAACAAGCAGCAGGACCUUUGGGACAGAAUCUAGAAGUGGAACCAUACUCACAAUAUAACAAUGUUCCGUUUCCGCAAGUUCAACCACAGAUUUCCUCGUCAUCCUAUUAUUCCAACCUGGGUUUCUACCCCCAGCAGCCUGAGGAGUGGUAUUCUCCUGGAAUAUAUGAACUCAGGCGAAUGCCGGCUGAGGCUCUCUACCAGGGAGAGAUCGAGGUAGCAGAGAUUCCUGUAGCAAAAAAGGCCCGAAUGGGUGCAUCAGCAGGGAGAAUAAAAGGGGAUGAGUUAUGUGUUGUUUGUGGAGACAGAGCAUCUGGAUACCAUUAUAAUGCACUGACCUGUGAGGGGUGCAAAGGUUUCUUCAGGAGAAGCAUUACCAAAAAUGCCGUGUACAAGUGUAAAAACGGGGGCAACUGUGUGAUGGACAUGUAUAUGCGAAGAAAGUGCCAAGAGUGUCGCCUAAGGAAAUGCAAAGAGAUGGGAAUGUUGGCUGAAUGUAUGUAUACAGGCUUGUUAACUGAAAUUCAGUGUAAAUCUAAACGACUAAGAAAAAACGUGAAGCAGCAUGCAGAUCAGACCAUUAAUGAAGACAGCGAAGGUCGGGAUUUGCGACAAGUGACCUCGACAACCAAGUCAUGCAGGGAGAAAACUGAACUCACCCCAGAUCAACAGAAUCUUCUGCAUUAUAUUAUGGAUUCAUACAGCAAACAGAGGAUGCCUCAGGAAAUAACAAAUAAAAUUUUAAAAGAAGAAUUCAGUGCAGAAGAAAACUUUCUCAUUUUAACUGAAAUGGCAACGAGUCAUGUACAGAUUCUCGUAGAAUUCACAAAAAAACUGCCAGGAUUUCAGACUUUGGAUCAUGAAGAUCAGAUUGCUUUGCUGAAAGGGUCUGCAGUUGAAGCUAUGUUCCUCCGUUCAGCUGAGAUUUUCAAUAAGAAACUUCCAGCUGGACAUACUGACCUACUGGAAGAAAGAAUUCGGAAGAGUGACAGACAAUACAUAAAGGACAGAGAGGCAGUAGAGAAGCUUCAGGAACCACUGCUUGAUGUGCUCCAAAAGUUGUGCAAGAUUUAUCAGCCUGAAAAUCCUCAACAUUUUGCCUGUCUCCUGGGUCGAUUGACUGAGUUGCGGACUUUCAAUCAUCACCAUGCAGAGAUGCUGAUGUCAUGGAGAGUAAAUGACCAUAAGUUUACCCCACUUCUCUGUGAAAUCUGGGAUGUGCAAUGAUGAGCAUCGAAGGGGCAAUAGCAUCUAGCUCUUUAUUUCCCUCAUAAUAUAAAUCUGAUGUAUAACUUUCUUUUAUUUCAUUUGUACCUGGUUUCACACAAGAAUUUUGAUGAAUAUUUAUGCAGUAAUUACAUAACUUCCAUAGUUGUAAAUAUAGAGCUAGAUAGGAUGACUUUCUUUACAUUGUAUUUUACAAGGCUUCAGGGACUCUUUCAUUCUAAUUGGCAUGCCCUGUUUGCCUAAUUAAAUUGAUCAUUCUUCACCUCUAUCUGUUGAAAUAGGGAAAAUUUCAUUUUGCUCUUCAUCUUACCUUAUUUGCAUACAUUUUAUCAGAGUUGUGUUCAAUUUUGGCAAUAAACUGAACAUAAUGGCAACAGG